ACGUCAUAACUACUUUGCAUAUCCUGUUACUGUGACCCAGACGAUGAUGGACAUCGGGAGAGGAGGCUCGUCGCCCUGCCUCGCAUAAGCGCUUCACAUUUCCGAAUACACUUCGACAUCGAGCAGGAGCAACGCGUUUCGAGCUGCGAUCGUGGUCAUGAGAAGAAGACGAAGUGUUUCCCAGUCGAUGUCCUCCAGGCUCUGACGACGUGACACCUGCUAAUAGCUCAACCGCUGCUAUCGCUCCGCACCAGAACUGAAGGACUUGAGCAUGGAAGGGUUCGUGGGCGACAUGCUCGGGGACGACAGCUCCGUCAUGGCUCGCAUGCAGAAGAAGUUCUGGAAGACCAAGCAGGUUCUGAUCAAAGCCACCGGCAAAAAGGAGGACGAGUACGUGGUGGCCUCCGACGCAGACUUGGACGCCAAGCUGGAGUUCUUCCGCUCGGUUCAGUCCACCUGCACUGAGCUGCUGAAGGUGAUUGAGAGGUACCAGCAGAGGAUCACGCGUCUGUCGCAGGAGGAGAACGAGCUGGGUCUGUUCCUGCGCUUUCAGGCCGAGCAUGACCGCACCAAGGCGGGGAACAUGAUGGAGGCCACCAGCAAGGCCCUGUGCACCUCCGCCAAGCAACGGAUGGCGCUCUGCACACCGUUGCACCGCUUACACCAAGAAGUGGAGACGUUUCGGCGGCGGGCCAUCGCUGACACGCUCCUGACCGUCACGCGCAUGGAGAAGUCGCGCACAGAGUACAGAGGGGCUCUGCUCUGGAUGAAGGACGUCUCCCAAGAGCUGGACCCAGACACGUACAAGCAGCUGGAGAAGUUCAGAAAGGUGCAAGCUCAGGUCAGAGGGUCGAAGGGCCAGUUUGAGAAGCUGAAGAUGGACGUCUGCCAGAAAGUGGACAUGCUGGGGGCCAGUCGGUGCAACAUGCUGUCCCACUCUCUCUGCGUCUACCAGACCACUCUGCUCCAGUUCUGGGAGAAGACAGCACACGCCAUGUCGAAGAUCCACGAAUCCUUCAAAGGACACGUUUCCUAUCAGUUCACCACACUCAAGGACCUGAGAGACCCUCUGGAGCAAAUAGAUGAUGAUGGACAGCAGCUGGACCAGAAGAAGAAGAAGGCGGUGAAGAACAAUGCAGACAGCCUACUGUGUUUGGAUGACGACAAGCCGACAGGAAGCACGUCGGAGACAGCCUCCCAAAACACCACCACACCCUCCAAACGUAGUGAGCGGUCAGCGCCCACUGACGACCUCCUGCUCAUGGGCUCCGGCACGGCCGAGGUCCCGGCACCGGCCAGCAGCUUCCUCCAGCCUCAAGUCCUGGAUGCUCUGCCGACUGGAGGCCAGCUGGAUCUCUGGGGCUUCACUGCGAUGCCGGUCACUGGCGAUGGCCUUCUCUCCAGUGAAACAGGACUGAGGAACGAAGAUGAGGAUGGUGAAGAACGUGGGGACAUGGCUUUCCUCAAAGACCUCCUGAGUCCCGGACCUGGAGCCGCAGAUGAAUUCAGCAAGGAGUGGCAGGAUGCUUUCGGGCUGUUUGAGCCACCUGUGUUGCCUCCUGCGAGUUCAGGGACGGCAUAUCCCAGUAGCCAGGACCCCACCGCGCCCCAUCCCUCCGGACCCUCCAGCCCCACGGGCUUCCUUCCGUCCCAGUUGCUGGACCACACGCUGAGUGCUUCAGGCUGGUCCACUCCACCCAUGUUCCAAGUUCCGCCCCUGCAGCCUCCGCCGGGGCAGGGCCAGUCAGCUCCUCCCGCUCCAGGCUCUGCACCCACCGCUCCUGCAGGUGCGUCCAAAGACAUGUCAGCCUGGUUCGACCUUUUCGCUGACCUGGAUCCUCUUUCCAACCCGGAUGCCAUCGGACGCUCGGAAGACGAGCUGCUGAAUGCCUGAGCGGCAGGCGUCAGCCCAGAAGGGAAGCCAGGGAAAGACUUUGUUUUGGAUGCUGUCGACCCUUUCUGUUACAUUUCUCCUGUGUGUGUCAGAGUGUGUGUGUGCGCACAUUUAGUGUGGAAUCAAGGGACCUGGGGAUGGUAAAGAGAAGCAUGUCGUUGGUGGGUGUGACUGUGUUGAGACACUGAGACUGAAGCACAUGGCAAACGUGUUGCUUCCAAACUGAUCUAAGCCUCGGCCCUCGGAUGGUCUGGAACUAAACUACAGCGGUGUUAUUGGGGGGGUGUUAGGAACAAGCAGGAAUACAUCCUGUUGUCAUGGUGAUCCACCACCUCCACACAAACCGCGAUAUUCUAUUUAACAAUCGUCUGUUUUAAAGGGUGAAAAAGCAUUUCAUGUUUUCUUUUCCAACCAACCACAAUGAGUCAACAAAAUCUCAAUGUUUCAUGUCAUAAAUAAAUGAUUCAAGUGUAGCUGAUAAUGUAUUGUUAACCCUGUGUCAAGAUGGCGACACUACUGCACACGUUCUGAGUGAUUUUGUGAUAUUUAAGAAGUUUAUUACUGUUUGAUCUGAAGGGUAGUUUGAUAUCUGUGUUAAGCCAAACCCUGUGUGUGUGUGCACCUGAAGUCUCUGUUACAUCGACUGUGUGGGGACGCCAUUUUGACACACUUUUGUUGGGCUUCAUGAUGGAAUUUGACUCUAUUACUACAUGUAGUGGAAUGAAGCGGAGGUAUGAUACGUCAUUUAUUCUGCUUUAAAUGUCACUCAAGAGGCUUUUGUGACCAAGCCAGCUGCAGGAAGUCUGUUUCGUCAUGCAUAUUUGAUGUUGUGUAUCUUUUUGCUCUUUCAAACCUGACAAAGGAAUCUAUUGCUCUCCAGCUCGCACAGUGUAUAUAUAUGUAUAUAUCUAGUGCACCCACAAAUCUAUAUCUCACUUGGUCACCUAUUAUAGACACGGGAAAACGUUGUGGCCUUGGAUUGGAAUCUCCUGCACCAUACUGUCGACCAAAAGUGAAGAAUGUAUUUCCAAUCAUCACAGAUGCUUUAUUCCAUUCAAUAAUGCCUUUUUUUUUAUUUCACUCGAGGGAAUUGAACAGAGACAUUCUUGGCAGUUGUGUUUUCAAUAAACGGGACAACUGAGUUGUCGUCCUUUCCAGACGUUCACUUC